AUGCCUGUCCAAGCACUCCCAUCUGAAUGGGACUUAACACCUGAUGAAAUAAAGCUAAUUCAAAAACGUUCACGAUUACGUACAACGACUAAAGCAGAAUUUCUUAAACGUUAUAGAAAUCCAUUUUAUGCUAGUGUGCCUGGUCAUUUUGUGGACCCACAAAAUACUCGCCUUUAUGCUUAUCAACAAAAUAGUUAUCGUUAUUUAUAUUCGUCACCACGUAUACUUCUUGCGCCUGCACUUUUCCUUCUCGCUGGCGGAUUACUUCAAUAUUUGGCACAGAAAAAACGAAUUCAAUAUAAUAACGAUUGUAAUAUUGGAAAAAUUCCAUAUGCAGAUCGACCAGACUUUAAAUCUUAUUUUUAA